AAUUCACUUCAGUUCAGUUCGUUCAGUAAUAGCGCGGAGUUCGUACUGUGUCGACGCUUCCGUUACAUCACAACAAUAACAUAACCUAAUCGUAUUUAUCGCGGAAACUUUCUCUCGGCAGGAUUCCGAUGAGAGUUACAUUCUUUUGUUUUGGCCUAAGAGUAUUUGCUCUGGGGGUGUAAAACUUUUUAUUGAUAAAACUUUUUAGUAUUCCACCGCGUGUGCAAACCAGUGUUUACAAAGUUUCCAUUCCUUGUGUUGUGUUCAGUUGCAGUUUUUGUGUUUUGUUGACCGUGAACUUGUUACUUUGAACCCAUCUUUGUGGUGACGGCAUCAAGCUGGCAUCGUCGGGCCCCGGCAGCCCGGCGCCGCCGCCGGUGCAGUGGCGAAUGCGGAGAAAGCCAGUUACAUACAUCCCACUUCUCGGCACAGGUAAUUUCCGUACAUGCGACCCAACCGAUGGAUUCUAUUUUCGCCUACAGUUGCGGAGCAUAGAGGAGCCGGCGGGUGGCGCGGGCGGCGGCAUGCCCGCGCCCACCUGCUACGAUGCUGAAUGCGCGCGCACUGAGGCCUGGCUCGACGAGAACCAGGAGUUUGUGCACGACUACUUCUUAAGGAAGGCGACGCGGCAAGUGGUGGACGCGUGGUUGGUGUCGCACGCGACGCCGCCGAGCGCCGAGCUCGCGUCGCCGUCGCGCGCCGGCUCCGGCUCAGGGGCGACCACACCUGUCAGGAAGAUCUCAGCUCACGAAUUCGAGCGAGGAGGUCUACUGAAGCCGUUGGUGACGACGGUAGACGGCACACCCACCUUCCUUGGAGACCAGCCGCCGCACGCGACACCCUCGCGGCCGCAGCGGAGGUCGCGCCACGAGCUGAGGCAGCUCGACGAGAAGGAACUUAUAUUUGAAUUAGUUAAAGACAUCUGCAAUGAGUUGGAAGUACGGGUACUGUGUCACAAGAUCCUGCAGAAUGUCUCAAUAUUAUUGGAUGCUGACCGGGGGUCGUUGUUCCUGGUGCAAGGAGAGAGGGCCUCACCAAACCCUCAGAACGGCAGGUGUUUGGUGUCGAAAUUGUUCGACGUGUGCUCGAAGUCCACGCCGGAGCAGAUGGAACAGCUCGAGGAGAUCAGGAUACCGUGGGGUAGCGGCAUCGUCGGCUACGUGGCUGAGAGUGGAGAACCUGUCAAUAUACCUGAUGCGUAUAAGGACGAGAGGUUUAACCACGACAUUGACCAACAGACGGGUUACAAAACGAGGUCACUUCUCUGCAUGCCCAUUAAGGACAUUAAUGGAGAGGUUAUUGGUGUUGCCCAGGUUAUAAACAAACAAAGCGACGGACCUUUCACGGUCAACGACGAGAAAGUGUUCGCUUCAUAUCUCCAAUUCUGCGGCAUCGGGCUGCGGAAUGCCCAGCUCUACGAGAGAUCGCAGUUGGAGGUCAAGAGGAAUCAGGUCCUGUUGGACCUCGCCAGGAUGGUGUUCGAAGAACAGAGCACGAUCGAGCACAUGGUGCUGAGGAUACUAACCCACACGCAGAGCUUGAUUCGAUGCCAGCGGGUACAGGUACUAUUAGUACACGAGGCGUCGAAGGGCAGUUUCUCCCGGGUAUUUGACCUGGAAGCCGGUGACGAUACCGACCUUGGAACUCCGAGGACUUCCCCUUACGAGAGCAGAUUCCCGAUCAACAUCGGCAUUACGGGAUAUGUCGCAACUACGGGCGAGACGGUGAACAUCGCGGAUGCCUAUUUAGAUCCCCGUUUUGAUCCGUCGGUCGACGAAGGCACCGGAUUUAAACACAACACAAUACUUUGCAUGGCCAUCAAGAAUUCUGAAGGAAGGAUUAUCGGAGUCAUUCAGUUAGUCAACAAAUUCGACGAGUUGCUGUUCACGAAGAACGAUGAGAACUGUGAGGCUUUCGCGAUAUUCUGCGGCAUGGGCAUCCACAACACGCAUAUGUACGAGAAGGCCAUCACAGCCAUGGCCAAGCAGAGCGUUACGCUUGAUGUACUGAGUUACCACGCAUCCGCAUCAUUAGACGACGCUCAACGGCUACGGGUGGGUUCACAACACAAAUGAACAUUACACACUAAUCUGUACACACAAACAAACUAAUUCAAACCUUAACACACAACAAUAAAGUCCUAUUUAACAGCUAUAGAGUUCCAAAGAGAUUAUUACAUAAGUGUUCAAUGUACGUUGGUUGCUGCAACUUGUAGUUGGCUUCAAGCGAAACGUCUGAAGCAGUCAUAUAAUUAACAAAGUCCGUAAUUAGAUGAACAUGUUUGUGUUAACAGGUUUGCUUCCCAACUUGGGUCAUGAUUGUUCGUGGAAAGUUAGUCUGCGUUUUGUUGAGACGUACUUUAAAUAAGGGAAGCUUUUUGUGAAGCAAAAUUCGUAUAACUAAACGACUGUGUAAUAUAAAAUACGUAAUGUAUCAAUAUUAUCUCGAGUAACGAUAUCCAUUGCGGUUUUAUAACAGCUAUGGACAUAAACUUUGAUAAUCGCUCCGCAAUGUACACAA